GGGACGACCCUGCUGCGCGUGGACAGCGCGUAAAGACACCGGCAGGACACUCUGGGAAUUUUUUUUAUGGGGCGUAUUUCCAAAUCAACCACUCCAAAAAAACAACAACAGAUAAACAGAUACCGCUAUUUGGGCGAAUAAUUCCUAUUUGUUCGUUGAGGCGAUCGGCACCGUGUUCGUCGGAGUGGCCCCAACCCGCAGAUCCCGGCAUGUCCGCGAGGGAGAGCGCUACGCACCGCGGCUCCGAGGCUUCCACACCGACAGCUCCCGCGGAUCAGAUGGUGCCGGAAAAAUGACUCGGACUCUCUCCAUUCUCGCUUACUUCCUCUGUGUGCUUCACUGUAGCCGCUGUGCCGAAUCAGAGGAGCGUCUCAUGAACUGGUUGCUGGGGAAGGAUCGCUACAAUCCGCUCAUCCGCCCGGCUGUCAACCGGACGGAGAGAGUCCCGGUCAAGCUGCAAGUGUCUCUGGCUCAGCUCAUCAGUGUGAAUGAGAGGGAACAGAUCAUGACCACAAAUGUCUGGCUCACUCAGCACUGGGUGGAUUACAGGUUAUCGUGGGACCCGGCGAAAUACGAAGGCAUAGACAAGCUGCGCAUCCCUUCCAGACACAUCUGGCUCCCAGACAUCGUCCUGUACAACAAUGCCGAUGGUACCUAUGAGGUGACGGUCUUCACCAAUGCCAUCGUCAUUUUCAAUGGCAGCAUCAACUGGCUCCCUCCCGCCAUCUACAAAAGCGCCUGUAAGAUCGAGGUCAAGCAUUUCCCCUUCGACCAGCAGAACUGCACCCUCAAGUUCCGCUCUUGGACGUACGACCACACGGAGAUCGACCUGAUCCUGAAGUCCGAGGUGGCGAGCAUGGAUGAUUUCACACCCAGUGGGGAGUGGGACAUCCUGGCGCUGCCGGGCAGACGGACGGUCAACCCCCUGGAUCCCACCUACGUGGACCUCACGUAUGACUUCAUCAUCAAAAGGAAGCCCCUUUUCUACACCAUAAACCUCAUCAUCCCCUGUGUUCUGAUCACCUCCCUGGCCAUUCUGGUCUUCUACUUGCCGUCCGACUGCGGGGAGAAGAUGACCCUCUGCAUCUCCGUGCUCUUGGCUCUCACCGUGUUCUUGCUUUUGAUCUCAAAGAUCGUCCCCCCCACCUCGCUGGACGUGCCGCUGAUCGGCAAGUACCUGAUGUUCACCAUGGUGCUCGUGACCUUCUCCAUCAUCACCAGUGUGUGCGUGCUCAACGUUCACCACCGCUCCCCGAGCACCCACACCAUGCCUGCCUGGGUCAAGCUGGUGUUUCUCGUCAAACUGCCUGCCUUGCUCUUCAUGAGGCGCCCUCAGAAUAACACCGCGAGCCAGAGACUCCGCCGACAGCGGUGUUUGAGGGCAACGAGGGCCAUUGUGAGCUCGGGUUACCAGCCGCCAGACGCGGCCAAAGCGGGUUUCAUCUUGUCGCCUUCUGCUCUGCAGUCUUCCAAUCCCGCUUUCUCCGCGCGGGGACAGAAUGUAGCGCCGCCGCUGGGCUUCGGCCACUCCAACAGGACGGGGGCCUUGCGCUCCACCGAUUACAUCCCCGGUGGUUUCGCCUCCACCCCGGACCUCAAGCAGAGCACCAGCUCAGAUUGGGCUGCUGAUGUCCAGGAGGCUGUGAACGGGGUGCGCUUUGUGGCCGAGCACAUGAUGGGCGACGAUGAUGAUCAGAGUGUGAUAGAGGACUGGAAGUACGUGGCCAUGGUGGUGGAUCGGAUGUUCUUGUGGAUCUUUGUGAUAGUGUGUGUGGUGGGCACGCUGGGCUUAUUUCUUCAGCCAGUCUUCCAGACUCAGAUUGUUCCCAACCAGCAACCCAACUCAGAGACUCCUCGCAUAUGAUGAGUACGAAGAAACCGCUGCAAUUUUGGGGGUUUCCUGUUUUUUUCAGGUGCACCUGGAGGGCUGCAGUAGGUGCAAAGUUUUCCUGUAGAACUGUUUUGGUGGGAUGAAAAAGCAGGGACAGCAUUGUCGUCUAUGCCAAACCUAAAAAAUAAAGCAUCUGAGAGGGAUAAACCAGGCAAAAAAGUGCCAAAAGAGGCUCAUUUUAUAUAUCAUGGUAAAGACCGAAUUGCUGUAUGUAUCGAUCAAAUGUCACCAAAUUAUUAAAAACCACAUGGCCAAUAGCAAUAUAACCAUCAUCAGCACCAAAUCCUUUGAGGAAGUGGUACAUCUGCAGUGGAGGUAAGUAGGGGUCAUUGCACUGAGCUCAUCUCCCAUGUCUACAAAGGACAGCUCCAGAACCGGACUGAAUAUAGCUUUCACUGCACUUAAGUAUGCUGAACCUUUGCAGAAAUAUAAUAUGUCUGAGUCAGAGUAACAUGCUGUCGGAUUGUUGUUUAAGCCCUUAUCUAUGUAAGUACCAAUGCCAUUUCAUCAGAAAUGUGAUGUGUGAUUAAAGAAUGAAUAAUGCCCUCUCUCAUCUUCAUCAAAUGAAUGAAUUCCCCAAUAAAGUCUCCGAU